AUGGUGGUCGAGAUGGUCCCCGGAACACUUUGCUAUAUUCCUGAUGAGGCACAUGCUUGGCUUCAAGGUCAGGUCAUCAGCCACGAUCCGUCGACGAAGCAAGUGCAGGUCAAAGUGUUGAAGGAUUUACCUCAUGUUGCCAACGACUCAGUGCGGAUUGUCGACUUUGCAGACAAGAAGACGGUAGCCCUGAUGAGUGGAAAAGGACAAUCCAAUGCAUCGAUUGAUACAUUGCCUGUGCAAAACGACGUGACGAACGUUGACGACAUGAUCACGCUCAACUACCUCCACGAAGCAGCGAUCCUGUUCAACAUCAAGGCUCGGUUUCUUGCUCAUCAGCCUUACACGUACACAGGAGACAUUUGCAUAGCUGUGAACCCGUACCAGUGGCUGGGAGAUCUGUAUUCCGAUGAGCAACAUCUCAAGUACCAGCGCUUGGCGCGGGAUGAGCUCCCACCGCAUGUGUACGCAACGUCUGUGACAGCGUAUCAGAGCAUGUUGCAUGAUCAUCGGAACCAGUCCGUGCUCGUGAGCGGCGAGUCUGGCGCCGGCAAGACAGAAACGACGAAAAUUCUCAUGAACCACUUGGCCACGAUUGCAGGGGGUCUGAACGAUGCGACCAUUGCCAACAUCAUUAUGGUCAAUCCAUUGCUCGAAUCAUUCGGUAAUGCCAAGACUCUGCGCAACGACAACAGCUCGCGAUUUGGCAAGUUCACACAGCUCCAGUUUGACGCCAAGGGGACGCUCGUCGGCGCACAAUGCAUGACGUACUUGCUCGAGAAGACCCGUGUCAUCACUCACGAACCCGCGGAACGCAACUAUCACAUCUUUUACCAAGUGUUGGCAGCUCGAUCGAAGCUGCCUGAGCUCCAUCUAUCCCAAGGCGAUGCUGCGCCUGAAUACGCCUACCUUGGCCCGUUGCACACGGCUGUCAUCGAAGGCCACUCGGACUUGGCCCACUUUGAGAAGACGCAAGCGGCUCUAGGGCGCAUCGGCUUGGACACGGCGCACCAAAUGGCUCUGUUUCGUGUGCUGGCCGGUAUUUUGCACCUCGGGCAGAUGCAGUUUUCCGCAACGUCCGAUGAAGCAUCGCAAAUUGCUCCGCCUUGCACCCACACGGCGCACGUCUGCAGUCUGCUGGGUGUCGAUCGGAACACGCUGGAGCGAGCAUUAUGUUCGCGAACGAUGCAAGCCCGUAACGACAAGUACAGCGUUCCAUUGACCAAGGUCGGCGCGGAGCACUGCCGCGACGCGCUCGCCAAAGCGCUGUACGCCAACUUGUUCGACUGGCUCGUGGCGCUCAUCAAUACGUCGUUGUCGCAUGCGUCCCGCAUGCAACACCACAUCGGCGUGCUCGACAUUUUCGGUUUCGAGCACUUUCAGCAUAACUCGUUUGAGCAAUUUUGCAUCAACUACGCCAACGAAAAGCUCCAACAAAAGUUUACGUUUGACGUGUUCAAGACGGUCCAAGUCGAGUACGACGACGAGGGCAUUCAGUGGACCCACAUCGCUUAUGCCGACAACGCCGACGUGCUCCAGGUUGUCGAGUCCAAGCUGGGGCUCCUGUCGCUUCUUGACGAAGAGCUCGUGCGGCCCAAGGGCAAUGAAGAGUCGUUCGUUGCCAAGGCGGCAUUGCUCAUGAAGGACGACCCAGUGAUCGAGUUUCCACGCACGAGCCGAACGCACUUUGUGAUCCACCACUAUGCUUCCCCCGUCCUGUAUGACGUGACGGGUUUUCUCGAAAAGCACAAGGAUGCCUUGCUACCGGACUUGGCGCAGCUCAUGCGGUCGUCCAUGGCGCCGUUCGUGUCACAACUGUUUGCCGAGACGCCGGCCACCGCGACAUCAAGACCUUCAUUGAAACGACGACCGUCGACUCGUUCCCUUGCGCUUCAGACCGUCGGGCACCAGUUCAAAACCAACCUGUCCGAGCUCAUGGGCACCAUUCAAGCAACGAAAGUGCAGUACAUUCGUUGCAUCAAGCCGAAUGCGGAGAAGAGUUCUGCCACGUUCGAUCACUCGAUGGUGAUUUCGCAGUUGCGGUGCGCGGGGGUCAUCGAAGCGAUCCGCAUCGCGCGGUCCGCGUACCCUGUUCGGCAGACCCACGUUGAGUUCCUCGGCACGUACGGCAUGUGCUACCCCGACAUCUUGGCCCAGACAAUGUCGUCCAAGGAGCUUUGUCUCAAGAUCUUGGCGCAAGUGCCGCAGUGGACGGCGCCGUUGCAUUUUCAAGUCGGCCGUACCAAGAUAUACUUUCAAGCAGGUGUCGUGGAAGACAUGGAAGAUCGCAAGCGGCAGUACUUGUACGCCAAAGUCGUCGUCAUGCAGCGCAUCCUUCGCGGAUGCACCAAGCGGCGCCAGUACCAGCGCAAGCUCCAAGCAAUUAUCAAACUCCAGUCGGUGGUGCGCUGCAUGUUGGCGCUCACCCGGUACAACACGCUGUACCGUGGCGCUCUUGUGCUGCAGAGUCGAUGGCGCGGCAUCAAAGCGCGCCAGUUGUUUUACGUCCUCCAACGGCAGCACAAGGCAGAGCUGGUGUAUGCGAUCGUCGUCGGCGCCCAUCAAAGACGGCACUUUCUUCAACUCAAAGCAAGUGCCGUGGCAAUUCAGGCCCUUGUGCGCAUGCACCUUCAUCGCGCACAAUACAUGCGUCGCCUUGCCGACAUGAAGUGCCAACAAACCAUGCAAGAACAGCUACGGACGUUGCAGGAGCGUCUGCAGGUCGAACAACAAAAGGAUCUUCGGCGACUUCACUUCAACGAAAACGAUGCCAUUGACGAAGGAAAUCGCGGUGGCUUUGGUGUAGACGGCAGUCGGGAACGCCGCAAGUCGUCCGCACAAAUGGUCAUGGCGGACGCGGGCGGCAUGAUCGAUCGUAUCGAAAAAGAAAACGUGCGCCUUCGCAAGGAGGUUGACGACCUCAAGGCUGCGCUCGGGUUGUGCAAGGAGCAGGCAGAAAAGGUCAAGGCUGAAAAAGAGCUCGCAAUUGCCGCACAGCACGUCAAGUUCCGCCAACAGGAAGAACAGGCUCGAGACAAGGACAAAACAAUUGCGCAGUUGCAAAAGGAACUAGACCGCCUGCGGAGCUCGCAUGGAUCUGGCGGAGUCGGCAGUGGAGGCGCGCCACCGUCGUUGCUCCACUAUUCGUCGUCGUCGAGUCGUCAACGAAAAAACUUUGGGUCGCGAAAAGACCGCCGUGGUCUCGACCAAACAGGAUCGUCCGAAGAAAUCGCAGCGAUUCAGAGCGGCGCGCAUGAUGUUGCGGCAGCCUUUCAAAAAGCAAUCGAUUCCAGAGCAUUCCUUCAAUCCGCUGCGCAACAGCUCGGUGCAUCCUUGGAUGUGGACGCGACCGCGACCCGGAUGGCGCUGUCGAAUGGACUUGUCAAUGCUAACAGUUUGCGGUGAGUCCAUUCGUUGUCAGCAACGUUGGACAAGUAUGACGUGUGAUCGAGAGUAGAGCAUCGCCGUCAGUGUCAAGCUUGAAGGACCGUGUCGCGCAAAUGAAGAACAAGUACUCGCAUCCACGAGCGGACCUUCAUCACCAUGACGACUUUCGCCCGUCAGUGUCUGAUUCGACGUAUCGAGGAUCCUUGGCGGCGCCACCGCUGCCGCCUGGAUGGGAGAUGCGAAUGUCUCGAUCAAAAGGCCGGCCAUACUAUUGCCACGAGGGACAACGAUUGACACUGUGGAACCCGCCGACGGAAGAGAACAUCGAAAAGGCCAUCGCCAAACGUGAUAGUGCGGCCAUGCGGAAGAGCGUGCUGCAAACUCCCGUGAGCGCAAGGUCGUUGCGCAACCUCUAGAUGUGACGAAUACCCCGAAUGACAUUGCCACACCCGCAGGCAUCGCUGGCCACCUCCAAUUCUUUGCCCUCCAAUUCUUUGCCCUCAUCGACGAGGCGACCACCGUCGUGGACAUGAUGCCGUCGUUUUUCCAAUUGGAUGUCCACCAAUCAAAAGGACGCAUGCGACAUAAGCAUGCUUUGAUUGGCUACAUUAAUUUCCAAUUUUUUUGACCGCG